AUGUGUAUAAACACAUGUCUCGCAUAUACCGGACCCUACUCUGAACUGGACAUCUGUCCGAAGUGUGGAGAACCUAGAUAUGAUCAGAACAAAUUCCAGGCAAGGCUGCAAAUCCAGGCAUUAUGGAGAGAUGAAAAAAGUGCUACUAGCAUGAAGUACCGAGGGAUCCACACGCAGCAAAUUAUAGAAAAACUUGCGCAAAAUAAUGGGGAAAUGCCAUACUACAAUGAUUUAUUCACUGGCACAGACAAUCUUCAAGCAGUAGCCGAUGGAAAAAUACAAAACAAAGACACAGUACUCAUGCUAUCUCUUGACGGUGCUCAGCUAUACAAAAGCAAACUUUUUAACUGUUGUAUCUAUAUAUGGGUCAUUUUGAACCAUUCCCCAGAUCUACGCUAUGAGAAGAAAUAUGUGCUACCAGGUGCAUUCAUACCUGGUCCCAAGAAGCCAAAGAUUGUUGACUUGUUUUUAUUUCCAGGUAUGCAUCACUUUGCAGUCCUCCAGAAAGAUGGACUUGAUGUGUGGGACACCAUACACCAUUUGUUACUCUUAAUGGACCAUGGAAAGAACUAUAAGGAACCUUGGUCAAGAAAUAUUCAGCCAUCUGAUCCAUACACUAACCUGUCCCAGCGUGGUCUUUGA